GAGAGACUAAUAAGGGCAGCGAGGCGUCCCCCGUCCCCACUCGCAGGGCGCUCAGUGCUGGCGGUGCUGCAGCCGCGCGCGGUCUCCGCCGCGCCUCCGAGGGCCCCGCGCGCGGUCAAGGUCUGUGGCCACUGGAUCCCAUGGUUUUGAGACGCCAUGACACCCGCUGGCUCUUGGAAGCUUUGGUUCUGGGCAGCUAUGCUCCUGCUUCCUGCUUCCGCUUCCGUGGUGAGCAGGGACAAGCCAGAAAAACAAUGUCCUAUACUGAGGAAAGAGGGACACCAGUUUACACCAGACUACAGAGAUAAAGUUGAAGUUGCAGGUUUUGACCUAGGAGAGCGCUUUUCUCUGAGACGUGUGUUUUGUGAAGGUGAUAAAACUUGCUUCAAAUUGGGAAGUUCACUUCUUAUUAGAGACACCAUUAAGGUGUUUCCCAAAGGCCUUCCUGAGGAGUUCGCCAUAGCAGCCGUGUUUCGGGUACGAAGAAGCACCAAAAAGGAACGGUGGUUUCUGUGGCAGGUUUUAAACCAGCAGAAUAUGCCACAGGUUUCUAUAGUAGUUGAUGGUGGAAAGAAGAUGGUGGAAUUUAUGUUCCGAGCUGUGGAGGGAGACGUGUUGAACUACAUUUUUAAAAAUCGAGAACUCCGUCCUUUGUUUGAUCGUCAGUGGCAUAAACUUGGCUUCAGUGUACAAUCCCGGGCCAUCUCGGUCUAUACAGACUGUAACUUAGUUGCAAGCCGGCAUAUUGAUGGAAAGGGCGCUGUGGACUUCCACGGAAGGACUGUUAUUGCGGCCCGAGCUUCAGAUGGCAAGCCUGUGGACGUUGAAAUUCACCAACUUCAAAUCUACUGUAACUCGAGCAUCGUAGCUCAAGAAACGUGUUGUGAGAUAUCAGACCCUAAGUGCCCAGAGCAGCAUGGCUUUGCAAGUACUGCAGCAUCAUUGGUACCCGCUCAUGCCAGUAGAAUGUCUGCAUUUCUGCCAGCAAAGCAGGAACUUACAGACCAGUGCCAGUGCAUUCCACACAAGGGAGAAGCAGGAUUACUGGGAGUUCCAGGCUCACCUGGACAGAAAGGGGACAAAGGAGAGCAGGGUGCAGUUGGUCUUAAAGGUGAAUUGGGUGCUCCUGGAAUUCCUGGGGAAAAGGGCGAAAAUGGUUUACAUGGAACUCCAGGCUUACCUGGUCAAAAGGGAGAGCAAGGUUUUGAAGGUAGCAAAGGAGAAAUUGGUGAAAAGGGUGCACAAGGAGAAAAAGGAGAUCCAGGUUUGGCCGGAGUUAAUGGGCAAGAUGGUUUGAAAGGUGACGUGGGUCAUCAUGGUCCACCUGGCCCAAAAGGAGAAAAGGGAGAUAUGGGACCUCCAGGACCGCCAGCCUUAACUGGCUCCCUGGGGAUCCAAGGCCCCCAAGGUCCACCUGGAAAAGAGGGUCAGAGGGGAAGACGAGGAAAACCAGGGCCUCCAGGAAAACCAGGGCCUCCAGGACCACCUGGACCUCCUGGAAUACAAGGAAUGCAACAGACUCCUGAUGGAUAUUAUCACAAGGGAAACCUUGGUGAGCAUGGAGCUGGUGGCCCAAAAGGAGAGAAGGGUGAAAUUGGACCACCAGGAUUUCCAGGCUCUAUUGGCCCUAAAGGUGAAAAAGGAGAAUCUGGGGAACCCUUUACAAAAGGUGAAAAGGGAGACAGAGGAGAACCCGGAAUAACAGGAUCACAGGGAAUAAAGGGCGAGCCUGGAGAUCCUAGUCCCCCUGGUGUAAUAGGAAGCCCAGGACUAAAGGGUCAGCAAGGACCCGCAGGCCCUAUGGGACCCAGAGGACCACCAGGAGAUACUGGAUUGCCAGGAGAACACGGUAUCCCAGGAAAACAAGGCAUUAAGGGAGAAAAGGGAGACCCAGGUGGGAUGAUAGGCCCUCCUGGACUUCCAGGUCCAAAAGGUGAGGCUGGUCCUCCAGGAAAAAGCCUGCCAGGGGAACCAGGAUCAGAUGGAAAUCCUGGAGCACCUGGUCCGCGAGGGCCAAAGGGAGAAAGAGGGCUGCCAGGUAUCCACGGCUCCCCGGGUGACAAAGGCCCCCCAGGGGUAGGAAUUCCUGGCCGAACUGGCUCCCAAGGCCCAGCUGGAGAGCCAGGGAUUCAGGGUCCUCGAGGUCUCCCUGGAUUGCCAGGAGCUCCAGGGACCCCAGGGAAUGAUGGAGCUCCUGGGAGGGAUGGAAAGCCAGGUCUGCCAGGCCCCCCAGGUGACCCGAUUGCACUUCCUCUCUUGGGAGACAUGGGGGCCUUGUUCAAGAACUUCUGUGGCAACUGCCAAGCCAGUGUCCCUGGGCUGAAAAGCAACAAAGGAGAAGAAGCAGGCACUGGUGAGCCUGGACAGUUUGAUUCUGUAGCCCGGAAGGGCGAUGUAGGGCCACGGGGUCCUCCAGGAGUCCCAGGCAGAGAGGGACCAAAGGGGAGCAAAGGAGAACGAGGCUACCCCGGGAUACCUGGGGAGAAAGGCAAUGAGGGUCUUCAAGGCGUUCCGGGCCUUCCAGGUGCUCCUGGCCCGACUGGACCCCCUGGCUUGUUGGGAAGAACGGGACAUCCGGGUCCCUCGGGAACAAAGGGUGACAAGGGCAGCGAGGGACCCCCUGGGAGACCCGGACCACCUGGACCACCUGGUGUACCAUUCAAUGAAGGAAAUGGAAUGAGCAGUUUAUAUAAAAUCCAGGGAGGUGUGAAUGCUCCCAGUUAUCCAGGGCCACCUGGCCCCCCUGGCCCCAAAGGUGAUCCUGGCCCGGUGGGAGAACCUGGUGCAAUGGGGUUGCCAGGAUUAGAAGGAUUUCCUGGUAUAAAGGGAGAUCGAGGCCCGGCAGGUCCCCCUGGAGUGGCUGGAAUCUCGGGGAAACCCGGAGCCCCAGGCCCUCCAGGAAUCCCAGGAGAACAGGGUGAGAGAGGGCCUGUUGGAGACAUAGGAUUCCCUGGACCAGAAGGACCCGCAGGAAAGCCUGGAAUAAAUGGGAAAGAUGGAUUACCAGGUGUGCAGGGCAUCAUGGGUAAGCCUGGAGAGAGAGGCCCCAAAGGAGAACGGGGUGAUCAGGGAAUUCCAGGAGACCGAGGCCCACAAGGUGAACGUGGAAAACCAGGUCUUCCAGGCAUAAAGGGGGACAUAGGCCCUAUGGGGCCCCCAGGAAAUAAGGGCUCCCCGGGAUCCCCAGGGCACCAAGGCCUUCCAGGCCACCCCGGCCUCCCCGGCUCCCCGGCUGAUAUGGUUUCAUUUGAAGAAAUAAAGAAGUAUAUUAAUCAAGAGGUUCUGAGGAUUUUUGAAGAGAGGAUGGCUGUGUUCCUGUCCCAGCUCAAGCUACCAGCAGCAAUGCUGGCUGCUCAAGCUCACGGGAGGCCUGGUCCACCAGGAAAGGAUGGGUUACCUGGGCCACCAGGAGACCCUGGGCCCCAAGGCUACCGAGGACAGAAGGGAGAAAGAGGGGAACCGGGAUUGGGGCUUCCAGGGAGCCCAGGUCUUCCAGGGACCUCAGCUCCGGGCCUGCCAGGCUUACCAGGUGCCCCAGGGCCCCAGGGCCCCGCAGGACCCAGUGGAAGGUGUAACCCAGGAGACUGCCUGUAUCCCGUCUCUCAUGCCCGUCAGCAGACAGGUGGGAAAUAACCAUACCUGAGGAAGAUUUGAUUCCCAGCCAUCCCUCCUUGCUGUUGGAGCUUUCUUAGUACUGUCAGACCCUCAUGAUGCAUGGGUGACUUUUUUUUUUGAUGUAGGCCAGACAUUAAAAGCAAAAAUUGGAAUCCUAUUCCUAUAGUAAUGGUGAUAUCAGCCUUUUAGAAUUUUUCCAAAUUCAUUCCAUAUGUCUUGUUUCACCAUUAUUAUGAUUUUUAUUCAGAGUUUUCUAUGAAAUAUGCAAGCAGAUCUUAUCAUUAGUUCUUCAAGAGGAAAUGACAUCCUAUGAUUUAGCAGACUGAUGGUGAUGUACGUUUUAUAAUCUCAUCAACUUGUAUUUGGCCUUUGAUUUCUGAAUUUUAAAGUUUCGGACUUAUCUGAAAGUUUUCUUGUUGUUUAAAUUUCCUAUCAUUGCUAAAAAUCUCAUCACCUUUUUUGAUAUAGUGCAUUGCUCCUGCUGAAUGUUUUUUGACUACUUUUUAUAGCUUAAGAAUUCUUAUACCAUCCUGUAUCCAUUCUACUCAUGCAGAGAAAUAGGUAGGCCAUAAGACCUUCACUUAAUAACUUAUAUUUUGGAAGAAAACCCAGGCGGCUGUUUUAUCAAGGAGCCCAAAAUCCUGCCAUAGCCAACUGCUGAAAUGAUUUUGUCGACUCUGUGUAAUGCGCUCCAUUCAAAGCAAUCCCACCGGCAUGAGUAUGUCCUGCAUAAGAAGGGAGGAAAGAAGUCAAAGCCCAGCACUGUGGCCCCUUCACUGAGUUUCUCAUUUGGGAAACAGGAAGCUGUCUUCCCAGGAGGUAUCUGGUGGUGAAGGCACCAAGCUGUCUUUGGUACUUUCGAAGCUUAAAGGGCCUCGCAAGGUCUUUGGGCCCCUGCGUCCAUUAUCCUUCUGACCUCAUCACUCUCAGAGUUUAAGAACCAGCCAUCAGAACAAAGGAUGGGACUUGUAGCGACUGGAAAAGAAACCCCCUUGACCUAGGAGAUGAAUGUGUGGUGUGAGCAGAUGCAUAUUGCCAAGCCCAGAAGCUCUGAUGGAGAAUGACGUUUCUCAGAAGCUGCAGCAGGAGGUGCAGGGCAGAGAAGGAAAGCCACGAGACCCAACAUGCAACCAGCGCCGAGACCAAAGAGUCCACGCACUUCAGGGAAACAGGCGCUUCCCAGACCACGUCCUCUGACCAGGAACGAAAAGGUGUGAUUGCCAACCACAUGGCUAAACGGUUCUUCUAUUGCCUGGCUCUACAUUAUUUUGAGAAACUGUUGGUUGAAAAAGAAUGGGUUUCCUAGGACACCGAGCAUGAGGAAAUUGCUGAAAUCUAAGUGGUGGGUCCCAGGGAUGCUGAGAGCAAGCCCCCGGAGCCCUCCCGCUGCAGGCACCCCAUCCCGAGGCCGCGGGGCAAGUUGGGAAAAGCUGCGAGCCGGGUCUUGUGGGGAGCGUUGCUACAUGAAAGCGGCUUUGUUCAGAUGCACCCAGGGUUUGAACUGGGUUUCACUGUAGACGGAUGAACUGCUGGUCAGGUACUGUCUACAUGGCCGUGCGUACAUGCAACCUUUUCAUUAUUUCAUGUUGAACGAUGCUGUAUAUUUCACUUCCAAGUUUAUUUAUUUUCUUUUCCAAGGUCAUUUUAUUUAUUUCAAGUGUUGUUAACUUUAAAUUGAUUUUCUUCUUCAUUUUCUUUCCUGUGCAAUACCUACAAUGGUGCUGUGUUCUAGACUUAACACAAUCAGAAUAUACAUACACAUUUUCUUAGUAAAAUGAUCAUUUAUUUCCCCCCCGCCCCCAAAAUGUACAGAGAUCUAAAAUCUGGUGCUAUGUGUAUAUCUUGAGCUUUUAAUUUGUGGAACUUUAAUUUGUUGAAUUUUCUGAAAGCUUUACAACUCCUGUGCCACUCAUUAAUUUACUUGAAUUUGUCAUAAAGCUCAACAUUUUAUAUGUUUUCAAAGAUUAUUUUUUCAAAUUAGUUAAUAGUUUGGUUAUCCUUUUGCCUCUUUGCUAAUCCGGAAGUAUUUAUUUUAGCAUUUUACUGUUUUCAUGAACUUUUUUGCUAAUGGUGAUCAACGUAUUUUUGUUUUCUUUGAGUCGAUCCCUUCACAGACAUAAGAAGACUCGGCUCACUUUCUUGUUUUAUCAAUUCUGCUUAUUUUAAUUCCAGAGAAUAUGUCACGUAUCCUUUCUUACAAAUGGUAUAUUUAGGAACCUUUCUUGUUCUAAAUUCCAUUAAGGCCAGGCUGGUUUAUUCCUGUUUCAAGAAUCUGGAUUUAUUCAGCUGGUUUGAGGAGUUGGUGCAUGUUACAAAGUAGAGCUGUCACAACGACACAGGCUGUUUUUUAACCACCGGCACACGUGACUCAGUCUACCUGGGGCGUAACCAGGGGAACAGGCUGUGUCACGUGGAGAGAGCCUCUGCUCAGCCACCUGUGUGUCCACCGUCUCAUCUCUAUACACGAGAUGUGGCCAAAAGCAGCAAGAAAGCCUGAGUCCAGCUAACACAACACCAAAUAAAGCGGAGAUUUGGCAGUUGCCUGAUUCUUCUAACAAAAAAGAAAGUGGAUACUUAAGGCCCCAAAGUCGGGUGUGAAAAUUUCCCCUAACUGGCUGGGUGGUUGCCAGUUCUCUUGUAUUGUUUUUGUUUUUUCCAUUCCAAAACCUUUGUUUACUUUCACACAGACGUCAGUAAUGUCCACAGCAGGGAAGAAGAAUGACCACAUUUCCUGAAUUAUCUCUUGUUUGGACUCCAGACAACAUAAGUGUUUAAGUACAAAAUAAUUUUGGCCAUGAUGGCUAUUAAAAAUUAAAAUUGUGUUUGCCCUAUAUAAGUUUGUUUGAUUUCCAGUCUAACAUUUUAUACCAAGAUCAGUUAACACUGUCAGAUAGAAAUCCUUCUAUGCAAAGAACAAGAUAUGACUUCAAUUAAUAUUUAUGGCCUUUGGAGCCUAAAGGAAAAAGGAAGAAUAAUUCAUGAGUUUGUUCAUUGUUCUUUCCUACUGAAGAUAUUAACCAUUUUUUCAUAACCAUAACAGAAACACAGCCAGUCUUAACCUUUGAAAUUUUUCACCUCAUGAUCAAAGUAAUUUAAUUAAUGACUUUGAAGUAUUGAUAAUCCCAUAUGCUUAUUUCUAUGUUUCAUGACAUUGUUGAAACUUUAAAAUUGUAGUCACUUUUAUUAUAGAAAUUCAGUAAUUAUCUUAAGAUGUGUUAUCUGUAAAAGAUGCCAUUUGAUGUUUGGGUUAUAAAAUAAUUUUUUAUGAAUAUGUUUUAGGAGUUAAAUGAGAUUUAGCUUUUCUGCAGUCUUUCUCAUCUGUUGAGAACCUGUGAUAUACCUCCUUUUGUCCACAAGAUGGUGUUUAAGGCAAUUUGUAUCAGAAGAACUGAACAGACUUGCAGAAAUACAAAUCUAGAAACAGUUUAGUGGGCAACAACUCAGUCAGAACCUUUGCUUUUGCACUUAUUCUUUUUUACUUUUGUAAAUAAUUUCUUGUUAAUUUGUGUUUUGUUAUCUUGUUUUGUUAAUUUAUAUUUUUCUUCAUUUUAAGUAUCUUUAUGAAGCAGGCACAAUAACCCUUGAUUUGUUGGCUGUUUCAAUUUUAUUUCAUCAGGGGAUUUAUAUGCCUAGUUAACUUGCAAAUUUACUGUUUGUAACUUUAGUUUGUAUGCUACCCUUAUGUUUUAGUGAUUAACAUGAAAACCCUCGAGGAAUCAUCUUACCUUCUAAACAGAAUAGAAAGUCUCUUUUGGCAAAUAGAAUUUGGCUUAUCACAAGAAGUAGACCAUUUACAGAAUUAGACAAUGUCCAAAUCUCCAUAUUGUUCAAAGUACUUAAAAUUUUACAAUUAGAUUUGUAUAAAUAUAUUUUUCUAGAAAUGUAUCACUAUUUACAAAAGUAAGAUAAGGAACACUAUUUUUCAAAAUACCAUUUAAAUUUUCCUAACACUGGUAAUAAUAUCCUGAUACUGAGAACCUCCAGGUUAAGUUAUAUGCUUAAAUUUUUUCCAAUGAAGUCUCAGAAUAGUUUUGCAGGUUUGUUCAUUGCUCUCGUUUUUAAAUUAUUUUUCACAUUUGUCCGUGUCCACCUUCUUAAGACACACAAGUGUUUAUUGUCACUGCUUCCCGUGUUCUUUCCCAAUACUCUAGUGUGGAGGGUCAGACCCCUUUUUAUACCCCUCUCUCUCUCUCAUGGGUUACACGGCCUUCCAAGAGGGGGAGAUGCAGACAGAAUUGAAUUUGUGUCUUUUAUGCCUAUUACUUCAAAGCAACUUAGCCCAUUGAAUUGUAUUCAUUCAUUAGUUGCCUGGUAAAGGUAGCAUUAAUGACAUUAAAUGUGUUUAACUACUAGCAGUCUCAGGAAACAAGACAAAUUGAUAACUUCAGUUUUAUUGUGCAGUAUAGCUGGAGCGGUAACCCAAACAUUUCACUCAGCCAAAUCAUGCCAGGGUAACUGGUCAGGCUCGUUAAAUUGAAUGAAGAUCCAGGUGAACACAGAAAACUCAUCCAGAGAAGCAGACCCAGAAUAGCAAAAAUUUACCUUGAAGAUAAGACAGGCUUAUAAAACCAAGCUAAGUCUAAGAAAAUCUAAAUGGAAAAAAUGUCGUGUUCAGAGCCAGCAGUGAGUGAUACAGGUUACAGCUCAAAGAGUCACCUACCUGCUUCAUGAAUCUGUCAAAAGAGAAUACUAAUAAAGUAGGAGAUUUCACUAAAUUUGGGGGUAGUUCAGUAAGCUUUGAGUUUAUCAGAAGGGUGUGUGUCGCUUGACGAUUAUAAGCAUAUGGGUAUAAAGAUGCUAAUUACAUGACAAUUUUUUACCUGACUGUAUUAUUUAAAGUACAUUUUAGGGAAAAAUAUUUUUCAGUGUAUUAAUGUAUUUAAAUUCAGAUUGUUUUAUGGCAUAUUUUAUAGCUAUUUAUUUUUAAGAUAAGAUUUAGGAUGCAUUCUUUGCCCAUUUUGUUUGUUCUCUGUCUUACCUCAUCAAGCUCUUUAAUUCAACAUACUGAUGUGAAGUGGAAUGGCGCUAGUUUUAUGCUAGAUCCCACGUGGAUAGAAUGCUUUGAGGCCUAGAGUCCUGUAUGUUCAUGAUGCAUAAUGAGCUUGUCCCUUAUCUCAGCAAUAAAGGAUUUGACCAUAAAUCGGGGAAUUCUGAGGUGCCGUUGUUAACAGCAUCUCUUCUUUGGCUGAAGGCUCACAUUUCCAUCAUUCUGAUGGGUCUCAACCACAGGGCAGCUGCAGAAGCACUCACAUGCCCCGCGUGAGCCACAUGGAUGCCCGAGGAACCUGCAAAUGGGCCUGUUGCAGGGUUUGGCUCGACACCAUGCUGGUGACAAACACUUACGUUUGUCACAUGAAUCAAUGCUUAGGUCGUAAUAAUUAAGUUUAUAGCCCAUCUCCAGGGCAGCUCAUAAAAAGCUUGGUCUAAUGAUUUCGGAUGAGAAUUAAAAGCAGAAAUAAAGGUCAGAGAGUAGUAGCCAGGCCUUUGUGACUUUUGUCCCACAAAGUGAUCUCCUCAGUAAAUCACGUGGGCUUGAGCAAGACAAGAAAUGUCACAGUUAACUUUUCUCAUAAACAUAAGCUCUUCCAUCAUGAGUGACAGGCCAAUUGGCGACAAAAGGUUAAAUACACAGCAUGUUUCCGUAACUGAAAUGAAUCACAUGAAAACAUGCCAGUGGAUUUAGAUGUCCGCCUAGACUGGGAAACGAUUUAUGUAGUUCUUAACUGUCCUGAUCCUCAGGUCCCCUUAUGACAUAGUAUAUAAAUUUACCGUGUGCUAAGAUAUCUCUAAGAUAUUUUCAAAUCUUUUCAUACAAGAAUUUUCAACUUGGAGGUCAGAGACAAUUUCAAAUAAAUCUUAAAAAAAGUUAGUUUCUUGGAGCCAAUUUCCAUCAUUUGUUCUCUCUCUGGGUAUUCUUAGAAAACUUGGCGUCAAGGGCAAGAUGUGAAGGCAUUGUUAAGGGGAAAGUUAGCAUGGAUUCCCAUUUAUUACGAUUAAAAAUAGGAUCGGUCAGCAUCCUCUUUCUGAUAAUCAGAUCUAACAAAUACAUUACAGUUCCUCUAGUUAAUCAUUUAAAGAGCAUUUGGGCAUGUGUAUUUAUAGUCAUACAUUCUUAUGGUAAACCAAUUUUGAUUUAAUAUUUACCGAGCCAUAUGCAUGACUACUGCCAUGUCCUAGAUCACAAGCUCACUAACAAAGACUCAGUACACCGCUGAAAAGUAUCUAUUUUACUCUAGGAAAAAAACAGAGAGACUUGACGUAUAUGUAUUGAACACAAAUGUUCUUCUUCUAAAAAUAUAUUUUAAAUAAUUUAUGUCCAUUCCCUGUUUGUAAACAGCAGGAUUACUAGUUGGCUAGUUUUUUUUUUUUUCUUAAUAUUGCUUUUUCACACCUUUUGCCAGGGCUCCCAGAAAAUGUUUAAAAGCAAUUUUCUUGAUAUUUGGUGUGAUUUUAUGUAUUUCUAGUGAUCUUCCCCCUAUAUUGAUCUAUUUUUAAACUCAGAGAUGUUGGAUAUCAGAGAGGCUGUAAUAGCCAAAAAAUUAAAUACUACAAUCAGAGGUGAUCUUCUAAAGCAGGGAUUUACAUUCAGCUUAUUUCAGGCUGCAAGUAAAUCAGAUUUUAUUUAUGAUGUUUAAGAAUAGCAAUAUUCGUUUAGUCAGCUUGAAGUAUUAAGUGUCCAUAAAUAAUCACAUCUAUCAUGAAACUGAUGUGACUACUCAUUCAUACUCUUCGGCUAGACAAAGUCAGUUAUCCCAAACUAUGCCAGGCAAUUGAUGUGCUCCAUCACCCUGGGAAGUGACGUCCAUAGUUUUUAACCAACCUGUCAGAUCUUUGGGAUGAAAAUCAGAUCACGAUGCCAUAGAAGCACUGACUGGAAAUAAAUCAUUUGCCCUUGAGUAAGUGACAUGCCCGUUUUCUAAACACCUGUAAUUAUUCACACACUCUUCUCAGCAACUCUGACACUUCAUCCAACUUUGAAAAAUAUCCCAAAGGUUUUGAAGAUUUCUGUUUUGCUAGAGAGAGAGAUUUGGUCUAAUUCAGUAUUCAUCAACUCUCUUUCAUGGAGAGGAUUUGUGAGAUGCUUUUCUUUGCAAUUUCUCAGUCAAGUAUUUACUGCUUCUGUAAACUAUUUGACCGAACUGGAUUUACAGUGGAUUGUUCCCACCAUUUGGAAUGUGCUCAUUUUGCCCAAUCUCCCUGUAAGUGGUUGUUUCCAGUCUUGCUGUAUCUGUGAAGCUUGCUGUACCGCCUUUUGUAUAUCAAGUUUGGAAAACAGUUGAUUCAACUUUUCUUUGAAAUUUUAUUUUUUUUAAAUUUUCUUAUGAAUCUGAAAGUAUAGA